AUGGCUUUCGUGAUGAUCCGAGAAGCCAAGGAGGGAGAUUGUGGAAACAUCCUGAGGCUGAUUCGGGAACUCGCUGAGUACGAGAAACUCUCAGACCAGGUGAAGAUCAGUGAAGAAGCCCUGAGAGCAGAUGGCUUUGGAGAGACUCCUUUCUAUCACUGUUUGGUGGCAGAGAUUCUUUCUGCACCGGGGGAGCCACAGGGGCCCUGUGUGGUGGGCUAUGGGCUAUAUUACUUCAGCUACAGUACAUGGAAGGGACGAAAUAUUUAUCUAGAAGACAUCUAUGUGAAGCCAGAAUAUCGAGGUCAGGGGAUUGGUUCCAAAAUAAUCAAAAAAGUGGCUGAGGUGGCUCUGGAUAAGGGCUGCUCCCAGUUACGCCUGGCAGUCCUGGACUGGAACAAGAGGGCUAUGGACUUGUACAAGGCCCUUGGAGCCCAAGAUCUGACGGAAGCUGAGGGCUGGCACUGCUUUCGCUUUGAAGGAGAGGCGAUGAGGGAGUUGGCAGGAAAGUGA